AUGUCCUGGUUCCAGAAACGGAUCACUCUCCCCAGCCGUUCGCGAGGAUCAUAUCUUGUCACAGACCAUAUAGUAUCUCAGAUCCCAGAGAUUUCCACAUACAAGACCGGCAUACUCCAUCUCUUCGUCCAGCAUACGAGCUGCGCCUUGAGCUUGAACGAGAACUAUGACUCGGAUGUUCGAGCCGAUAUGACUGAUGCUUUGGACAGAAUCGCACCUGAAGACCACAUGGGAGCCUUGUACCGCCAUAGUGCAGAGGGACCAGAUGACAUGCCGGCCCAUGUCAAGUCCUCUCUGGUCGGUGCCUCUGUGACAAUUCCAAUUACGAACGGGAAACUAGCUACAGGAACAUGGCAGGGCAUAUGGUACUUGGAAUUUCGCACCAGUAAGCAUACCCGGAAUGUCGUGGCUACGAUCCAAGGAGAAAAGGCAUGA